AUUUGUUUCACCAGGUGCCGGCCGCUCCGCGGAUGGAGGGCGGGUGGGCUUCAAGAUGUGACGUCCGCCCCAGCGCUCGUCGGAUCUGUCCUGCAGGCCUCCCGCAGUUUCUGUGUGUGAAGUCCGCUCACUUCCGCAGCUGUAUUGGCUCAGGCAUUGGCAAGCUAACCUUGGAGAGCACUGUUCGCUGCGCAGUGCCCAGGAAAAGAAGCCUCUACCAACGGACCCUAUACAGGAACGGCCCCUCGGCCGCUUCCCUGUAUCCACAGCUUCGAGGACGGAUGGCGCUCCCGUUUCACACUGGGUCCUUCGCUUGACCUCCGUUUGGGUUGCUGAUGCUUCGCGUAUCCCGACCGGCCCACCCGGCAGCGAUUCCUAGGCGAAGUGCCUUGGCCGGGGCGGCGCGGGAGCAUGCAGUGACACAGAGGAGACAAGGCAACAGUCCUGUCACCUUCACGCGCCCAUCCCGUACCUUCUCCGGCGAGCUGCAGCGUCUCUAUAUGAGUUUUACGUCGCGGCGGAGGGGGAGGCAGAGGCUGGGAGUCCACCGUGCAAUCGCUCGCUUCCUGGAGCUAUCUUGCCCCCCCCCCGCGCAAGAGGCGCCGCGCCAUUGGAGACCAUGCUAGACUCUCUUGGGGCCUUCUUCGGGCUCGGCCGAUUCCCGUGCCAGACGUUGGAAUCAGUUUGUGUCGGAGGCUGAAAGAUCGCCAUUGGGUAUUCGGUAGCAGCUUGGGCCCAAGCCACCUGCACUCGAGUUGUACUUCUGGCCUUCGCCUGUCCGGUUUGUGAACGAUGACUGCGCCUGGUCGACCCAGUCAUUUGCUGAAACGACACACGACAGGAACAUCACUGCACAGGCCAAUUCGCGUCUGCUGGGUUGGGAUGGCUGCUUUGGGCACUGCCAGCAUAACAUUGCGAAUCCCAGCUAUAUUGUUUCAAUGUUGGGAAAGACUUGCCAAGGACCCCGUGGGGCCGGAGCUGACGACCAUCAGCGAAGUUGGGCAGUCUGGUUGGCCCUGUCAGCCGCAUUCUUAUUUCUUAAUGCGUGCUUGCUCGUAUUGUUUACCGACGUGCAUUUACCUGAAAUUUGGCAACCAUGCUUGCGUCGGUUUUAAGUAUGGGUUCUAAUCUGUUUCGCCGCAGCAUCUAAUAUUGGCAUGUGGCUGGUCGGAACUUUCAGCUGGAGUUAUCACGGUGGCCACGCUUCAAGUGCAGAGGUGACUGGGGAAAUCAACCAUUUGCAUUAUGUGCGUUUGGUCCUGUUCUUGGAAGCGGCUCUCGUUCAAGCAUUUCUUUGCAUUACAGCUUUCGCUGCACUGCACAAGGUUGGUUCAAUCACAUGGCCUGUCAGCCUGCAAGUGCUGGCGUUUGGCGCUAUCACAGGUGAAGUGUCUGCGAUGGGAGCGCUUGAAUCAGAGGUUUUCAACGGAGACAGGGGGCACUACAUUUCUAUGGCGAUGCGCGUGUCCGAAUACUGCGUUGUCAUGUGCCUCUGCGUUGUGCAUGGGACGUUGGUUUGGCCGCUGCGGCGCUGCAGUGUCCACAUGACCAUGACGCCAAUUGGCCAGGGGGACGACACUGGCAGCGAGUAUUACAGGUAGAACUGUGGUUCCUUUCGUCGCAGAUUUACUGCCUCACCCGCUUUCACGACGCCUGAGUUGCUGGGGAUCGCGUCAUGCCGCGCGGAACGUGCUGCUUUCACUGUGAGAUUCAGCCCAGAAUUCGCGAGGCAACGCCCGGCCAAGAAGGACUGCGCCGAUUCAGGUUAGAAAGGGGGGGCCGAAUUCGGCCUGCGGCGUGCGCCGCCGCAUUUUCAAUCGUGGCUCGGGGCCGAUGACGACGUGGGUAUCAAAUCAUUGUGGCUCAGUGGACUGCAGCUUUGGUCACAGGAGGUAUUGUUCUGCAGUCGUGCCUCCCUGUGCUCAUCGCGCUGCUCUGUGGGUUGAAGUCCUGCCUCGGCACAGCCGCCGCCGCCGUUCUGGCCCCUCGAACGCUGGAGGGAAGGGGGAUGA